CUGAGUGCAAACUUGAAAGUCGCGACAUGGUGGAGGAAAUCGAUUUUUAGGCUUUGUCGUAAAACUUGGGAGAUAUAAAAUAAUAUUAUUUAUUCAGGGAUAUGCCUCCAGCAAAGGAUGAUUUAGUGAGAGAAAUUAAUUGUCUAGAAAUCAGUGUAUCGGAGAAAAGUCCCGCGAAAAGCAGCGCUCUUGUAGAUGUAAGAGCGUGCAAUAAACCUGCCGCUAAGGUAUGGUUCCGUGGGGUCCGCAGCUCCAAGUUCCGCCACGUGUACGGGGUGCCGUUCAAACGUGAGCGUUGCUAUGACAACAUCAAGAUCACGCGCAACGCCCACGACUCCAACUUCUGCGCGGUCAACCCCAAGUUCGUGGCCAUCGUCACCGAGGUGGCCGGAGGAGGCGCCUUCCUAGUGCUGCCGUUGGACCAUACGGGGCGUUUGGAUUUCAACGCGAGUAGAGUGACGGGGCAUAAAGGACCCGUGCUGGAUAUAAAAUGGAAUCCGUUCAACGAUAACAUCAUAGCAUCAUGUUCCGAUGACUGCACGGUGAAGCUAUGGCACAUCCCGGACGGCGGUCUGUCGAUGCACCUGACGGAGUGGCUGGCGGAGCUGAGCGGGCACCGCCGCCGCGUCGCCCACCUCGAGUGGCAUCCUACUGCCGAGAACGUGUUGCUGUCUGCUGGGUUUGAUUAUCUGAUCUUCGUGUGGGACGUCGGCAAGGGGGAGGCAGUGAAGGUGAUAGACUGCCACACGGACGUCAUAUACUGCAUGUCGUUCAACCGGGACGGCUCGUUGCUCGCCACCACGUGCAAGGACAAGAAGCUGAGAGUUAUCGAGCCGAGACGGGGGAUUGUGCUGUCUGAGGGUCAAUGUCACACUGGCACCAAAGCCUCCAAAUGCACGUUCAUCGGCACGAGCGGGCGCGUCCUCACGACUGGGUUUUCCCGCCACAGCGACCGGCAGUACGCCGUGUGGGACCCGCACGAGCUGCGCGCGCCUCUCGUCCUCGAGACCAUAGACAGCUCCUCGGGUGUCGUGUUCCCCUACUACGACCCCGACACCAACAUGGUGUACCUAGCGGGAAAAGGCGACGGCAACAUUCGCUACUACGAGGUGGUGGACGAGCCGCCGUACGUACACUUCCUCAAUCAAUUCUUGUCUGGAAAUCCACAGCGUGGUCUAGGCUACAUGCCGAAGCGCGGCGUGAACACAGCAGCGUGCGAGAUAUUCCGCUUCUACAAGCUGCACACCGCGCGCGGCCUGUGCGAGCCGAUAUCCAUGAUCGUGCCGCGCAAGUCUGACUGCUUCCAGGAGGACUUGUACCCGGACACUGCGGCGCCGACGCCGGCGCUGAGCGCGCGCGACUGGUUCAGCGGAGUUAACGCGCCGCCGCUGUUGAUUAGCAUGAAGACAGGUGUGACGAUAUCGACGCACAAGGCGCGCAAGACGGACAACUCGCUGCAGGGCCAGGACGCCAACACGCGCAAGAAGUUCGCCUUCCUCGCGCGCGAGACCACGCCCGACUACCGCCCCCUGCCCGGCCUGCGGGACGAGAUACAGCUGCCGGACACGGUGAACGAGAAAUCGCAGAAGACGAGCGCGAACCAGUCCACCAAGUUCCACCAGCUGCAGAAGAUGUUUGGCAAACAGACGGGCGGCGUGGAGCCAGUACCGCUGUAUAAGCAGAUCAACCAGGGUGAUGUCUUCUCCACUGAGAACGAGUUGCGGCUAGCUUUUAACCGUCAAGGCGAAGAGCUACGGAUCGUCAAACGACAGCUGCAGAACAGUCAGGCGCGAGUGCGGGAGCUCGAACAGAUGGUAGCGUCGUUACAGGCGCAGCUACACAACAACCACUACUUGGAACCCGUUGAGAACAACCAUUAGAACCGCAGAGAACAACCAUCAGAACUGGAGAAAACAACAAUUAGAACUGGAGGGAACAACCAUUAGAAUCGGAGAAAAUAACAGCUGGAACUUGAUAAUUGAUAUGGAGAAACCUUAAAAUUAGCAAACCUUGUUUUGUCCUUGUUUAAUAAGUUACAAAAGUAUCUUAACAGACAAGGACCAGGUGGAAUUUUUAUAAGAAGGUAACUGAGGCAUAAAGUUUCCACUUUUCUAGCUGGCUAUUUUGAUGGGCCAACCACUAAAAUUAUACUGUAAUGGUAUAACAACUAUAAAAUCAAAUGAUGUAUGUAACUUGUGUUUAAAUGGUGGUAAAAAUUACUGUGGUAACACAUGAGUAUAAAUUCUGGAGUAAAAUUUGAACAAAUUAAACUAUAACUAUAACACAGAAUGCUUAAACACUAUAAUGGCAGCUUUUAAAGUGAACUUGUAAUAAAUGUUGCUCUGGCUAAAGUCGCUUAGAUUGCUAAACUUGUCUGUUAUAUAAAUUUUAAACAUUAAAACGUAACCAAAACUUAUUUUUACGAUUAACUCUAAAAGUCUCAAAUAUAUUUAAAAACAGACUACAAAUAUUUUAGCUAUAUGAUACUUUACUGUACCUGGCAAUUUUUGUAUGUGCCAAGCUUAAUACAGCAACUAUAAUAGGGUGUAUAAGUAUUAUUGAAAUAUAACAAUGACAUGAAUGGAAUUAUUUUUGUAUGAUAAGGCUUUUGAUAUGCUAAGAGUGUGCGACAAAAUAUUAUUGCUUAGGCAUUUAAUUGGUUACUUUGUUAAAAAGUAAAGCGCAGGUUAUUUUUAUAUAAUUGAUAAUGAUUUAAAAUAUUAUCGGUUUUACGCGUAAAAUGUCUAAAAAAGAUUUCUGGCGAUAAUAGAAUAAAAGUAUGAUGCAUAUGUUACAAGAAUAAUAAUUUUGUAAAUUAAAAGCUAAUAUUAUUUUUACAAUUAAUAUAAGCUGGCCUUAUGUUAUACGGUGUCACCUCUUGUAUUGGUGAUCGCAUAUUAUGUAUUUUUGCGUAUAAGCAUUCACAAGGCUCAAUAUUAUUUGUCAGUGAUGUUGCAACACUGAUAAUGGGAUCAAAGUUUAUCAUUCCAACUAUUUUCGGCCUAAGUUUCGGCCUCUUGUAAUAACCAUGACAUGUAUUUUAUAUUUACAGACUUUUUCUGUAUUUACUUAUUUUUGGGCAGUAUGAAUGGUUGAAAUUCUUUAUAUAGAAAAGACAAGACUAUGUUAUAAUAUGACGAAUAGUUAAAACCGUGAGGGGGAAUAGAAUUUAACAGAAAGUUGUGUGUGUAAAGUUUUUUUUGUCUUCUUACUUUACUGUUUUGACUAUACUAUUCUUAAGUAUGAACCACGCUCUCAAUCUAAAGGACCACUGAAAAUUUUAUGUGCAAUUAUGACAGGGUUGUGUUUCACCUUUUACAGAACACUUAGUUCCUCUAUUUUGUUGUUAUAAUUUUUAAUUUUGAUGUGUGUGUCGUUUUUACUUAAUUUUAGUAGCCAAUGAUUUUGUUAGUGAUAAUUUUUGACAUUUACAUUAUUUUGUCUUUGAUUAUUUUUAUUGCAAUGAUUAUGGAAUAUUUUUGCACAGUUUAAUGAUUUAAUAUUAAUGUCAUAUGACCAAUUUUGGACCUGUUGAACGAUUUACUUAUAUUAUUAUCAUUAUGUUUAGUGUAGGUUAUUAUAGUUUUAAUUUAUAGCAAUCUAAAACUGCCUGAUAGGUUGACAUU